AACGACUUUCGCAAUUUAAUGGCCGUCACUACCAGUUUGCGCCUUCCUCGAGUGAGUACUGGGCUUGCUUUGCCAUUUGAAAUCUCACGUGAUAACCUCCCCUGUAUAUAUCCUCCUCCUCGGUGACGCUCGGAAUCCCAGCUGCUGCACGUCGCACGUCACCGCAGGUUCUCUGUGUCUCAUAGCGUCAUGUCACAUGCAUUCCGACAGGAACGUGAUACCUUUGGUGAUAUACAGGUUCCCGCCGAUCGCUACUGGGGUGCCCAAACACAACGUUCUUUGCAGAAUUUCGACAUAGGUGGUCCCGCCGAAAGGCUUCCCGCACCUCUCAUAAAGGCUUUCGGUGUUCUCAAAAAGGCCGCCUCCAUCGUCAACGUUGGUUAUGGUUUGGACCCAAAGAUAGGCGAGGCGAUCCAAAAGGCUGCAGAUGAAGUUAUCUCCGGGAAGCUAAUUGACCACUUUCCAUUGGUUGUCUUUCAAACUGGUAGUGGUACUCAGAGCAACAUGAAUGCUAACGAGGUUAUCUCGAACCGGGCUAUCGAGCUCCUGGGGGGUGAACUAGGUUCGAAAAAGCCCGUCCAUCCCAAUGACCACGUUAACAUGAGCCAAAGUAGCAACGACUCGUUCCCAACAGCUAUGCACGUUGCAGCUGUCACAGAAAUCCACAGUUCACUUCUGCCUGCUCUGGUCGAACUCAGGGAUGCUCUCCAGAGUAAAGUGGACGAGUUCAAGGAUAUAAUUAAGAUUGGUCGUACCCACCUUCAGGACGCCACACCCCUGACGCUUGGCCAAGAGUUUGGUGGGUACGUUCAACAGAUUGAAAAUGGUAUCCAUCGAGUGGAAGCCGUCAUCCCGCGCCUCAGUCUUCUUGCUCAGGGCGGAACUGCUGUUGGAACGGGUUUGAACACGAAAAAAGGAUUCGAUGUCAAAGUUGCAGCUGAAGUCUCGAAAAUUACUGGGUUGGAGUUUAAGACAGCUCCGAACAAGUUUGAGGCGCUUGCCAGCCACGAUGCGUUGGUUGAGGCACAUGGGGCUCUCAACGUUCUUGCUUGCUCUCUAAUGAAGAUCGCAAACGACAUUCGUUUCCUUGGCUCUGGUCCUCGAUGCGGGUUUGGUGAACUCUUGUUACCCGAGAAUGAACCAGGGAGCAGCAUCAUGCCAGGCAAGGUCAACCCCACACAAUGCGAGGCUGUUACAAUGGUGGCUGCCCAGGUGAUGGGUAACCACACUACUGUGACAGUUGCUGGUUCCAAUGGUCAUUUUGAGUUGAAUGUAUUCAAACCAGUCAUCAUCAACAACGUGCUGCAAAGCAUACGACUUUUGUCGGAUGCGUCAAGAUCGUUCACAAAGAACUGCGUCGUCGGUAUGCAAGCCAAUGAGAAGCGCAUCAACUUCCUGUUAAAUCAGAGCCUGAUGCUGGCUACCAUCUUGAACAGCCACCUCGGCUAUGACAACGUUGCCACGUGCGCGAAGAAAGCUCAUAGGGAGGGCACGACGUUGAAAGAGGCAGCGGAGGAAUUUGACGAGAAAGUACGACCGGAGCUGAUGUUGCACCCGAACGAGGCAUAGCGUAGAGCCCGCUGUAUGUGCAUUGCGAGGUAGACAGUCGAGUGGCUAGUAGUUAAUACCAGUGACCAUGUUGCCUUCCGCCAAGAAGUGGCCGACCGAAUU